GCCAAUCAUUUUUGUGUGACCUCUGGUAGCGCAUCACGAUUUGCUUGCUGGGUGAAUGAAAAACAUGGCGGAAACGGCGCUGUUCGUUUUUUGGUGAAAACCAUCGGAUUGUCACUUUACAUUGAAGAUAAAUACAUAUAACCUUAGUUUCGUAAUGUAACUAAAACAAUUCCCUUCCUUAUGUAGUUAAGGUGAAAUCGGAACAUUAUUCUCAAAAAUACAACUAACAAUCGUAACCCAUGAAUAUUUCGUCGGUAUUAGUAAAGAAAAAGUUAAGUUGUAUAAUUAAUGUCUUGUGAAAACAUCUAGAUGCUAGUUGUUAUUCCUACACAUUAAAUAUAAGACGUAAGACGUCUAUUUGUCUUAUACAUUUUUCGACGCAUAUUUGAAAGUCUCGGACGGGCUCCUGGUUUUCAUCGCGAGAUUUCAAACAACGCCAUAGGACCAGCAAAGAAGUAAUUUCCAAAGGGCUGUGAUGGCUCUCGUCCCAUAUGAAAGGAACUCUAUGCCAGCGCUCUCCAAACUGCAUGACAUCUCGGCUGAAUUUCACUUUGCCAAUCGUCGCUUAUGCCUAUCUCAGGACUGGAACCGACUUGGAGUGGCCGCUGUGGUGUGGGAUGCGGCUGUAGUGCUGUGUAUGUACUUGGAGUUGGGACAUAUUGAGCUUUGGGGCAAAGUUGCCAUCGAGCUAGGGGCAGGCACUGGGCUCGUGGGGAUCGUGGCCACACUCCUUGGUGCUAAGGUGACGAUCACUGACCGAGCGCCAGCCAUUGAUUUUCUGCGUGCCAACGUGAAGGAGAAUAUACCUCCAGACCAGCAGGGAGCAGCACUGGUAAAAGAGCUAACUUGGGGAAAGAACUUAGAACUAUAUCAGGAGGGAGGAUAUGACAUUAUCCUUGGAGCUGACAUUGUAUACCUGGAAGAGACCUUCUCUGCCCUGCUGGACACUCUAGAGUACCUGAGCUCAGACAGAACUCUGGUACUGCUAGCUUGUAGGAUCCGUUACGAGCGGGACCAGAAAUUUUUGGAUAUGCUGCGUAAACGCUUCAUAGUCCAAGAGGUCCACUAUGAUGUUCAAAGAGACAUACACAUCUACAAAGCUGUGAAAUCCAAACAAGAGUUGUGACAGAGAAAGUCAGUGUACGUUUGAAGAGACAAAUUCACACAAAGUCACUUUAAAAGCAAUUUCAGUGUCGCAGUAUAUGUGUAUAAGUAUGUUGCAGCAUGAUAUAUAUGGUAUAAAAAGCAGGAAUAUGUGUGCAUGGAGAAUUAGUAUAUACUGCUGUCAGUGGAGAAAAGGGGGGAGAUUAUGUACAGUAUGUGAUGCAAAGAAUUGUAAAUGGAAAUUUUGGUUAUGUACAAAUAAAUGAAAAGUGUGUGUGGGGGGGGGGGGGGUACUAUGGCCCCAGUUGGACAUCUAAAAGCCGUAUCCUACCUCCACUUUUAAUCUCUUUUCUCAAAUGGUCUGUGUAGAGAUCUCCUUUUUGUGGUUCUGACCACCCUAAAGGAUACAAAAUCAAUAACCAAUUGUUCUGCAUUGAAGUGAGUGACAGUAUUGAUUAACAUACAGAAUAUACCAGCAGGGGUUGGUAUACCUGCAGAUGAUUGCUCAGGGUAUGUUCCAGUGCCAUCAGAAGAACAUGCAGGCUUCAUUUACAUACUACAAGACUGUUCAGAUCCAAUUUGAAUUUUCUUUUUACAUUAAAAAAUGAGCAAGAUAUUAA